GAGUCCUUAUCGCAACCUCUCAGCCUUGAUCUAGAUUUCUUUGUCCAAAGCGGGGAUCAACAGCUUCGUUUACCAAUCAUGCCUCUUCAUUUGCUGGGUAAAAAGUCGUGGAAUGUCUAUAACAAAGAUAACAUCGAGAAAGUCCGGCGUGAUGAAGCUAUUGCAAAGGCUAAGGAGGAGGCGGAGGAGCAACAGAUGCAAGAGUUAGAUGCGGAACGUCGCAUGCAAAUACUACGAGGAGAAAUACCUACUCCUCUAUCAAUAGAGGACAAACCAGAAGAAGACAAUGUCCCGCAUGAGAGACGCUCGCAUGGCUCCAGCGAAGAACGCAAGCGGAGACCUAGGAAACGAAAUGGGGAGAACGAAACUGACUUCGAGAUGCGCGUUGCAGCUCAAGAUUCACAGUCUUCCAAGGAUGAACGUCAAAUUGUUUUACGAAAACAUACAGAUGCGCCAUUAGUUGAUCAUGCGGGAAAUAUUGAUUUAUUUCCCCAAGAACGUCCACAAAAACCCCGAGUUGAGAAGAAUGCGGAGGCGGAGCAGGAAAAGGAGAAGAAGAGGAAAGAAUAUGAAGAUCAAUAUACAAUGCGAUUUUCGAAUGCGGCAGGAUUCAAACAAGGUCUAGAUAAGCCAUGGUAUUCGAAAGCAACGGCAGAAGUGAAAUCUAUUGACGAAGAUAAUCCAGGCAAGGACGCAUGGGGUAAUGAAGAUCCAAGACGAAAGGAAAGAGAUGCAGCGAGGGUUAUUUCAAACGAUCCAUUGGCUGCCAUGAGACAGGGUGCUGCUCAAGUACGACAGGUAAAGAAGGAAAGGGAACAGUGGAUGAAAGAGAAAGAGAGAGAAGUAAAGGAACUUGAGGCAGAGGAGCGCAGAAGCAAAAGAAAGCGAAGACAUAAUGACAUAGACGACGAUGACCUGGAAGGAUUUAGUUUGGACAGGCCUGAAAAGAGGUCACGAAGCUCACACCACAGGACUGAUUCGGAGCAUGAAAAGGAACGAGAACGCAGGCAUCGACAUCGUCGGAGGUCAGAAAGGGAUGAAAGUGAUCGACAUCGACACCGACAUCGUCAUCAUCAUCGUCAUCAUCAUAGAGAUGAGUAGAUCUGUCGUUUUAACAUUAUAACUUA